GGGGGCGCGGUGCAUUGUGGGAGGACGGUAAAAUGGCGGCGGCGGUGGCCGCCGCUGGCCGGAGCUGGAGGAGGGUCUCGUCAUUCACGGGGCCGGUGCCCCGCUUCCGCCACGGCCACCGCGCCGUGGCCAUCCGCGAGCUGCUCAUCAUCUUCGGCGGCGGCAACGAGGGCAUCGCGGACGAGCUGCACGUCUAUAACACGGUUACAAAUCAGUGGUUUCUUCCUGCUGUUAGAGGAGAUAUCCCUCCAGGCUGUGCAGCUCAUGGUUUUGUUUGUGACGGCACCAGAAUACUAGUAUUUGGAGGAAUGGUUGAAUAUGGAAGAUACAGUAAUGAUAUAUAUGAAUUACAGGCAAGUCGAUGGCUAUGGAAAAAAGUAAAACCCCAGCCUCCAUCUACUGGUUCCCCACCUUGUCCUCGACUUGGCCACAGUUUUUCAUUAUACGGCAACAAGUGUUACUUAUUUGGUGGCCUUGCAAAUGAAAGUGAAGAUUCAAACAAUAAUGUUCCCAGAUAUUUAAAUGACUUCUAUGAACUGGAACUACAACAUGGUUCUGGAGUCAUAGGUUGGAGCAUUCCAGUGACAAAAGGGAUCUUGCCUUCUCCUCGAGAAUCUCACACAUCCAUCAUAUAUUGCAGAAAAGAUUUGGGAAUUCCAAAGAUGUAUAUUUUUGGAGGGAUGUGUGGCUGUCGACUUAAUGAUCUUUGGGAACUUGACAUAGGAACAAUGACCUGGUCAAGACCAGAAACUAAAGGGACAGUGCCACUUCCCCGCAGUCUCCAUACGGCCAAUGUAAUAGGAAACAAAAUGUAUGUUUUUGGUGGAUGGGUUCCACAGGCAGCAGAGGGUGAGAUUUCUGCUCAGGAUAGUGAAUGGAAGUGUACCAGUUCAUUUUCUUACCUAAAUUUGGAUACCACAGAAUGGAUAAGUCUAAUACCAGAUUGUCCGGAAGACAAUAGUAACUUGUUACCAGGGCCAAGAGCUGGACAUUGUGCUGUGGCAGUUGGCACUCGUCUCUACAUCUGGAGUGGUAGAGAUGGUUACAGAAAAGCUUGGAACAAUCAAGUUUGCUGCAAGGAUCUUUGGUAUCUAGAUACUGAAAAGCCGCCAGCACCAUCACAGGUGCAGCUGAUCAGAGCUACUACUAAUUCUUUUCAAGUUAAGUGGGAUGAAGUUCCUACAGUUGAAGGAUACCUUCUUCAAUUAAAUGCUGAUUUGCCAGUGUCUGGAAUACCUGUCACCGGGGUUCCUGAAGCAUCAUUGCUGAGUUCACAGGGUGCUCCUGUUAUACAUCAAAGUCAGCAGUCUGUGAAUAUGGUGCUUCCCCCAGAAAUCAAGCUGGAUCUUCAUGGCCAUGCAAAUAACAUGGUUCCUAAUAAUGUACAUGUUUCUGUUUCAUCUAAUUCAUUAUUAAAACUAGAAGCUAAAGAAAAUAAGACAGAACCUGAAAAUACGGUUAUGCAAGAAACUACAAAAAACCAUACAGAUUCUAAAGGAUUCAAAGAGUCAAAUGCCCCUUCGUUUUUGCCAGCUUGCACUUCAGGUCUUCAGGCUUCAGCUAAUGUAGGUGAAUUACAUGACUUGGACACACGAACUGUAAAUCCUGAUGCUUCUGUAUCCAGUAAUAUCUCCAGCACACAAACUAUGGUAACCCAGCAGGCUGUUAAAACUGAGUCAUCAAGUACAAAUGGGGCAGUUGUUAAAGAUGAAACUUCACUAACAACAUUCAAUGCAAAAUCUGAAGUGGAUGAAUCAACUUUUAUAAUGCAGUCAAAUAGGGUCAGCCCUGGACAAAGAAAUGAUAUAAAUGAACACUUACCUAAAACUACCCCAUUAAGGCAGAUGGCAACAGUGAAAACAAGAGAACGACAGUGGUAUGAUGUGGGAAUUUUUAAAAACAGCAGUGCUUUGGUGAGCCAGUUCUACUUGCUACCAGAAGAAAAAGCAAGCAUCUCAAACAAGACAGAAAAGGAAGAUGUUCCAGACUACAGGUUACUUAAGAAACAGGAUCUCCUUCCAGGCACGGUGUACAGGUUCAGAGUUGCUGCAAUUAAUGGGUGUGGUGUAGGCCCUUUUAGUAAAGUCAGUGAAUUUAAAACUUGCAUCCCUGGUUUUCCUGGGGCACCUUCAACAGUCAAAAUCACCAAGAGUGUGGAUUGCAUUCAUCUUUCAUGGGAGCCUCCUGCUUCACCCUCUGGAAAUAUCUUGGAAUAUUCAGCUUACUUAGCUGUUCGUACCACACACAUACAGGAAAAUCCAAAUCAGCUUAUGUUUAUGAAAAUAUACUGUGGUCUUAAAACAUCUUGUAUAGUGACUGCUGCACAGCUUUCGAAUGCCCAUGUUGAUUACACUGCUAGACCUGCUAUUGUAUUCAGGAUUUCUGCAAAGAAUGAGAGAGGAUAUGGACCAGCCACUCAAGUUCGAUGGCUCCAAGAAAUGAAAACAUCAAGUUUAAAGUAGAAGCAGUAUAAUAAGUCAAGUUUGAAUGUAGUAGUUAUAAUUAACACUUGUACUAUUUUGUAAAUGCUCCAAAUAUUUUAUUUUUGCAUUGUUUUUUAUCUUAAAAUUAUAUAGCCUCUUUUUUUUUCAUUUUAAGCAUCAGCAUUAUAUCACCUUGCCUGGGUUUAAUUACUCCAUGGAAUUAGUUUUUAUGGAAGAUGGGAAAAAUUAGAUUCUUACCAUUUUCUAUUUAAUAGCCACUUUGAUAGUUUUAACUAUCGCCUGUUUUUUAAAUCUAUAAUUGGCUUUUGAAGCAGAUUUAAUCUUGUGCACCUGUGAUUGUUACAGAUUUCUGCCACUUGUGCUAGUAUUCAAAGAUGAGCUUGUAGGGAAUGUGAUUGCACAGUUAUUUCAUGAAGACUUGGUCUGUGAGCAAAUUCUUUUUGAGUUGUAUACCACAUUGCUGCUGUGGUAUGAGCGCAAGAAAACAUUUCCAGUUAUUAUAUAGUAACUUAAAAUGUAUAGGAUAUUUUAAUAUAUGCUUUUUGUAAAGAAACAAUUUUUUUCUACUAUUUGUAACAAAUAUCUUAAAUCUUUAAAGGUAUCCCCUAAAGAUAUACAAAAUAUAGAAACUUAAGUCAUUUUUCUUAAGAAAAACAAACUCAAUGUAAAUGCACUACUAGUAGUUAUGAUUUUUCCUUUUCUAGUUGUACAAAUCUUAAACUUGUAAAUAUAAAAUGUUUACAAGAGGCCUUUUUGGUCUAUUAUUAAACCCUCCAUGGGAUUCAUUCUUUUUUUUUUUAUCCAUAUGCUCUGCUUUUAGCAUAUGCUUGCUUUUUGCACUAAAAUAACUUACCUCAUUCUUUUGUUUGUAAUCACUUGUUUGCUUCCAUAACAUUUCUGUAAUGCUUCUGUUUAAAAAUUUAACCAAAGUUUUAAAAUACGUGGUAAGCAGUUUUGCACAUAUUAUGCUAACUUUGUAAACAUAUCUAUUCCAGUUAGGCUUCAUAAGUGCUCGUUUGCUUUACCUGUAUACAUAUCUCCCCAUCAAGUCCAUUAUUUUCCUUUUUACCUAGCUAUCAUUUUUUUUCAUCAAGUAGCUUGCUAUUUAGGUUAGAAAGAACCGCUGUUGGGAAGAGAGGUUGAUCCAUUCCUGUGCUAAAGAAAACAUUUGUUUGCAGUAGUGAAACAGAGGUAACAUUUUAAAUCCUGCUUAUAGAAAAUUGUUUACCAAAGUGUAGAGUAAAAUGGCUGAGCUGUGCAAGGUUUUUAGCUGAAUAAAUUGAGGCAUUUAAUAAGAAUUUUUUUAUAAAAUCUGAAUUUCUGCACAUGUGCAAUGAAAUUUAUACUUUGCACUUUAAACAUGUCCCUCAGUGCCAAAAAAAUAUGUAUCAAGGUGGAAUUACCUGCUUCUUCCCCUUAAACUUGUCUUAAGAACCCUCUAAAUAUAGAAUAUAAAAUAAGUAUGAACAUGCCUGUUUCACUUUUGUGGGGGAAGAAUUGGGAAAAUAUUCUUGAAGAGAUUUAAUAACCCAGAUAUUCUUGAGCAAAUUUUAUGGCCAAGUUUUUGGACCCUUGAAAGUAGAGUUCAUAAUGGAAGUGCUAAUACAGCCUUAGCUAGUGCAGCACAAUCUGUAAUGCCACAUGGAGAUGCUGGGGACCUUAAAUCCUCAAUGUACAGUUGAUUUAUGACAUAGGAGUAAUAUAAAUAACUUGACUCCAAAGAGGAAGAAGAAAAAACCCUUGUUUUGUUUAUGAUGACUGAUGUCAACAGAUUCACUAGAAGCAGUGUUUACAUUCUGAAAAUACAUAAGGCUUUUUUUCUGCAGAUGGACAGGUUUUUAAACUUUUUGUUUAAGUCUGCUUCAUCAGUUUAGUCUUUGAUGCUGUCUAUUAGGGGUGUGCGAAGCUUUGGUUGCCAACUUGAUUCAGAGAAGAUUCGGCCCAAUUCAGAGGCUAAAUCACCAAAUUGGAAGACCAAAAAAACCCCCUCCCAAUUGAUUCGGAAAAAAAUUUGGAGAUUGGGAAGGCAGUCUUUCAGAGAAACAGAAACUAAGAAGAGGGAGGGGGGGAGGACUAACAUCUGUAGCUGGCCAGUGACUGUGAUCUUUCCCCAAGUCCCCUUCCAAUCACAGUGUUCUGGGGGAGAGAUGUAGAAACAGCAUAUAAGCCUAUGUUUGCAGCCUUUCUAUCCCUUUUGUGAGCUGUUUCUGCCUGAGCAAAAGAGGGGCAGGCAGCUGACCGAGAAACAGGUGGGUGGGCAGUGAUCUAACCAACACCGGGAAGGCCCCCUGUUACAGGCUGCCUUCCCUGCUGUUUUCAUCCAAAUUUGCCUUGGCGCACACAAGUGACACCAAUUUUGCUUCAGCUGUUUGAAGUGCAGUUUCCCAGAAACCCCUGCAUCUAUUUCUUUGAAACUUGGCAGGCUUCAUGCCAUCAGAAGGGGCUACCAUCCCUGCUAUUUUCAUCCAAAUCUGCCAAAAAAUGACAGUUAUAGGUAUUUUAGUGAUUUCCCCAUUGUAUAGUCUAUGACCAGAUUACCAAAUCUCUCCAAAUCAGCGCCGAAUCUUCCAAAGCCAAUUAGGCCAAAUCUAUUUGGAGAUUCAGAUCACUGUCCUGAAUUGAAUCACUGUCCUCCAAAUCAGCUGAAUCCAAAUCAAAUACUUCCCUAUUCACACAGAUGUACUAUCUAUUAACUAACAAAAUCUCUACUUGCACACAAGCUGUAACUAGAAGAAUAUACCUUGGUUUGUUUUUACUAGUACUGUGAAAGAUGCCUUUAGAGAAAACACUUGUGGCUUUCAUUUUGGAUUUUUUGGUUGAUAGCUGUGUUUUGUAGGAAUGUUAUUUAAAUUAAAGAUCUAUUGGGGGGUGUCUGGGUGGGGCAUUUUGCACUUAGUUUCACAUACUUUGCACUUUUUCUUUUUAAAGGGUAUGUCAUGACUACCAAAGGUAAAACUGUGGCUUUUUUCAAUGAAAAUAUAAUUUCUACGUAAGCAUACAUUUUUUCCAACUGGCUUUACAUAGGCUGUCAUGCUCUUCCAUUUAUUUGUCCAGUUGAAUAGCGAACAUAUGCAAAUAUCCUGUUUCAGUUCUUUGCAGUUUUACUUUAAAAUGAAAUUAUGUUGCACAAUGUAAAAAUACAUUUUCUGUGGUCUGCUUCUUAGAAUUGUGCUUAUGGAAUGUCUAAAUCUCACUUACCUGUGUUUGUCUAUAAACUCAAUAUUGGACAAAUAUUGAUGCCUAUUCCAAUUUAAAAUUGAUUUGAAAUACUGUUGAAACCAGCUGUUUUUAGGCACUGUGUCAUAAGUGCUUUCACAUUUGUUGGUAAAAUGUACUUAACAAAACCUGCAUUGAUCAGAAUACAGUAUCCAUUUGUAGAAAUUUUCUGGUUUAUUAAACUUGUUAUAAAAGUUUUUUUUAAUUGUGUAAGUAGAAAACAGGCUUCCAAUGGCAGACACUGCAGCAACUUUUAACCUUUAAUGUUCUUGUAAAAUUGGAAAUAAAGUGAACAAUAACCUACAUUUUGUGUUUUAAAGUAAUUAUAGCAAUAUCUUUGUGUAUAGUUUUGAAGUAGAGCACAAGAUGAGGAAGCCAUAAAAUGUGAAGAUACAAUAAAUGUUGCCAUGUCAAUGAUCUUGUUAACUUGAGGUGAUCAUAGUCCUUUGGCCUGUUACUACAGUGAUCUCUACGAAGAAAGUUGACAUUUUGUACAAUAGAAAAAACUGAACUUGCUUCAAAGUAUUGUUUGCUCUUUGUAAUAAAGUGGUUCCUUUCAAAUGUA